UGAACAAGUUUAUGUGGCAACGAUAUUUUGUGUCUACCCGCACGUGUUUAUUUGUUGUUGACAAUCACUCCAUUGAUAACUACCAGAAAUACAAAACGCAUAAUUGUUUUAUAAAAAUAUGUCUAAACGACAAAAAAUAGAAGAUAUACCGCAAGUGGACGAUGGACGAACUGUUCAAGCGCGACUCGUAUCAGAUACAGGAGAAGAGGCGGGUCCUCCAAUUGACUUACCUCUUACUGUCACUGUGGAACAACUGGGCCUAAUUUGUAAUGCUUUAUUAAAGAACGAAGAACCGACACCAUAUCUAUUCUUUGUUGGUGAAGAAGAGAUUAAAAAAACACUUAAUAGCGCAUUAGAUUUAAAUUCAGUAGACACUGAAAAUGUGAUCAAAAUCGUGUAUCAACCGCAAGCUGUGUUUAAAGUUCGACCAGUAACGCGGUGUACAAGUUCCAUGCCGGGUCAUGCAGAGGCUGUAAUUUCAAUCAGUUUUAGCCCAGACGGUGAGCAUUUAGCAAGUGGAUCAGGUGACACAACAGUGAGAUUAUGGGAUUUGACAACGGAAACACCACAUCACACAUGUGCGGCACACAAACAAUGGGUUAUGUGUGUUGCUUGGUCGCCUGAUGGAAAGAAAUUAGCAAGCGCCUGUAAAGCAGGAAAUAUUAUAUUAUGGGACCCCACAAAUGGCAAGCAAAUCGGACGAACACUAACCGGCCAUAAAAAAUGGGUAAACUGUUUGAGCUGGGAACCAUAUCAUCAGAAUCCUGAUUGUCGUAAAUUAGCCAGUGCCGGUACUGAUGGAGACUGCCGUAUUUGGGAUACCGUGUUGGGUACUUGUAUUUUAAAUAUAUCGGGACACUCCAGUUCAGUAACCGCUGUACGAUGGGGUGGAUCUGGGCUUAUUUACACUUCAUCAAAAGAUCGAACAGUAAAAAUGUGGCGGGCAGAUGACGGAAUUCUAUGUAGAACUUUUUCGGGACAUGCUCACUGGGUGAAUAAUAUUGCACUUAACACGGAUUACGUUUUACGAACGGGACCUUUCCAUCCCGUAACUGAUCGUAAAAAGAAAUAUUCAGAUAUUGCAAAGGAUGAAUUGAAAGAAAUGGCUUUGCAAAGAUACAAACAGGUAUGCCCAGAUGGUGUUGAAUCAUUAGUAUCGUGUUCCGAUGAUUUCACUCUCUAUCUGUGGAGUUCUAACCAAAAUAAAUGUAUCGAACGAAUGACGGGUCAUCAAAAUGUGGUCAAUGAUGUUAAAUACUCACCUGACGUGAAGCUCAUAGCAUCUGCCUCAUUCGACAAGUCAAUUCGCUUAUGGCGUGCUCAAGAUGGCAAAUUUAUAACUACAUUCAGAGGUCACGUUCAGGCUGCUUAUACACUGGCAUGGUCAGCAGAUUCACGUUUGUUGGUGAGUGGCAGUAAAGAUUCAACUCUAAAAGUAUGGAGUGUUCAAACGAAAAAACUCGCACAAGAAUUGCCAGGUCAUGCGGAUGAGGUCUUCGCUGUAGAUUGGGCUCCGGACGGAACAAGAGUGGCAUCCGGUGGCAAGGAUAAGGUGGUGAAAUUAUGGGCUUAUUAGGGCACAUGCAGAGGAGAAGUGUAUAUAUAAAUCGGAUAUAUAUAAAAGGAGUAUUCGUACUUUAUUACAAAUGCAGAUGCAAUUAAAAAAUUAACAUUUUAUCUUAAGUUUAAAUAAACCAUAUAAAAUUCA